AUGUAUAAACUUUCAAAAACUACACCAUUUUUCUUUCGUCGUGCUUUUCUCUGUGGUAGAAGAGGAGGUUAUCCAGAAUCAAAUUUAAGUAAUUUUGGUAGACCAACAGCAUCAACAUUAUCAACAUCCCAAUCAUCAGGUAUUUGUGAAACUAAUGAUUAUUCAAACAAACCAUAUUUUUUCCAAGUUAAAUUUGAAGAUCGUUUCUCAAAGAAAAUCGAUAAGUUUAAUGAAUGUUUUAGACAUUUCUAUUAUAGUCAUGGUGGUCAACAAUAUAUGGAUAAAUUUGAGAGUAUUUUUGAUAAUUGGGAACAUGAAUUUUCAAAAACUCGCGGAUUUAGAUCACCAAAAACCUUUAUUAAUGAAUCUGAUAAAGGAAUUGAAAUUAGAGUAGAAUUACCAGGUUUUUCAAAAGAAAAUGUUAAAAUUGAUUUUUCAAAUGGUUUAUUAAAUAUUGAUGCUUUAAAUAAAAAUACAACCAUUCAACAACCAUCAUCAAAUAAUCAACAAGUAGAAUCACAACAUCAAUCAUUAAUGGAAUUUAAAAAAUCAAUUAAAUUACCUGAAGAUAUUGAUGUUUCUUUAAUUAAAGCUAUUAUGAAUAAUGGUAUUUUAGAAAUUAGUAUUCCAAAAAAUAGUUAUGUUAAAUCAACAACAAUUAAUGUUCAAUAA